AUGGAAGCAAGAGAAAAUGCAGCAGCUACCCUUUUCAGUUUGUCGGUUGUUGAUGAGAACAAGGUUGCAAUAGGAGCAGCUGGGGCCAUCCCAGCACUUAUUGACUUACUCUGCCAAGGGACCCCAAGAGGAAAGAAGGACGCAGCCACUGCCAUAUUUAAUCUUUCAAUCUAUCAAGGAAACAAAGUGAGGGCAGUUAGAUCAGGGAUUGUGCCACCAUUAAUAGGAUUGCUGAAGGAUCCUGGCGGUGGAAUGGUAGAUGAAGCUCUUGCAAUAUUGGCCAUACUUGCUAGCCAUCCAGAGGGGAAAGUGGCAAUUGGUCAAGCUGACCCAAUCCCGGUAUUGGUAGAGGUCAUUCGGACCAGCUCUCCACGCAACCGGGAGAAUGCUGCCGCUAUUCUGUGGUCAUUGUGCACAGGCGAUGGGCAAUACCUGAAAUUAGCUAAGACCUUGGGGCAGAAGAGGUUUUGA